UUGUAAGAGAUGUGCUGAAAACUCUGGGCAAUACGCCGUUCCGCCAUAGCUUUUGCAUAAAGGAAAAGGAAAAACAAAAACAAAACCCAGCCCGCAACUCCGGGCGUUUACUGAUCGGCCCGUGUCACGUGUGUUGCUCUCCUGCAGUUGAACUCCCGGGUUAGCUCAAGAUUAGAAGGAUCGCUUGACAGCAGCCUUAUUUUUCUUGCUGUGCGGCCCCCUUGUAAAUUGUUCCUGCACCAGAGAGAUGGGAUUGGACUGGAUUGGCUUCGGCUAUGCAGCUUUAGUAGCUUCUGGUGGAAUAAUUGGCUAUGCAAAAGCAGGUAGUGUCCCAUCUUUAGCUGCUGGUCUUCUUUUCGGUGGGAUAGCUGGACUUGGAGCAUACCAACUGUCUCAAGACCCAAAGAACAUUUGGCUUUCUCUGAUUGCUUCUGGAACCUUAGCUGGCAUUAUGGGAAUGAGAUUCUACAACUCAGGGAAAUUAAUGCCUGCAGGAUUGAUUGCUGGGGCAAGUUUGGUGAUGGUUGGAAGACUUGGGCUGAAGAUGUAUGACAAGCCACAUAACGGAUAACAGGGCACUCUCUGUGGCUAAGAAGAAAGAUCACACAUCAGCUCAAAUAUGCCAUGCUAAACUCAGCAAAGCACACAUCCUAAUUCUUAAGUGACCAAAUUAAAAGCAACUGCGUUUGUGAAUAUAGACACUCUUUUUGUACACUAGCAUUUCUUUCUUCAUUCCAGUAGGAACUUUUGAUUAGUAAGGCAACUUUGUCAUAUUCCUCAAAGUGGUAACAAGAGAAGUAGCUAGAAAAAGACAAAGAACUAGGUUGGCUGAGCUAAGAGAGAGAGAGAGAAAAUAGGGUCAGCCAAUAUUGAUUUCUACUCCUGUGUCUUUUAUAAAGAGUUGUGUGAGCAGGGUGCUGGCACUAUUUGCUGGCGUCACAUUAUCUCACCCAACUAAGGGAGCAAAAUCACUUGCAUGAACAUUUCCACUGUUUCCCUUGCCCUUGCCUGCGGUGCUCCGGAUGCUUAGGUCUCUGCAGUUGCCUUAAUCCAGCUUACGGUGACCUGGUGUUGAUCUGAUUUAUAGGAAAUACACCAUUUCAUCAUUCUCAACCAAGAUGGUCAAUUGCUGCGAAUGAAGGGGUUUCAAGAUCCAUAUGCAGGGAAGAUAUCAGGAUGAAGGAACAAUAGAUUGAAUUUUGAGCUCUUGGUUUAUCCCUGAAGAAACAGAGAUCGUCUUCCCCCUGUCUAAAAUGCUCCUAAAAUAAAUUGUGUUUUGUGAAGUGAGUCUCUAUGAAACAUUGUACUCUUGUCUUUUUUCUUAAGCAGUUGUUUAUCAACCGUUUACAAGAAGCGGUUGAAAUGCAAUCUUUAAUCAUGAAUCUGUGCCUUGUUAAAACCACUGAAUUUGUUCUUAUCUAUGAGUUGUUCAUGAUAUUAAAAUCUUCCUAAAUUA